UCUGUAAUGGACAAAAACACAAGUGUUAACUUGAAAAUUUUGGGGUGCGGCUAUAGUUUUGUUCCAGACUGUACUCGCAUACUCAUUCAAGGGACGUAUUUCGUCAGGAAAUUCACAAUGCUCUGCUCGUACACUUCGGGGUAGUCCAAAUAGUGGCUAACAUGGAGGGACGUGUGAAAGUUGACUUGGUCGAGGGGAGUGCCACCCGCCGCGGCGGCGGCGAUAGCCUCUUCGACUUCGGGGGCUGUGAUGAUGACAUCGUUGGACGAAUACAGAAAUAGCUUUGGAAUGGCAGCGUCGGCAAUUAUCAAUUUGGCAAAAUUGCGCUGGAGUGGGUCGGGGCCGAAUCGUCCGCUCCACCGCAACAUGACCGCGGCCCAUCCGGCUUUCAACACGGUCCGAGCAAUCCACCGCUUCACGGGGGAAGUUGUCGUGGACGUGAAAUCGUCCAAGAUUUUGUCAAAGGAUCCUUCAAACACGUCGAACCCCUUGCCAGAGUUCGGCGACGAGUCGAAGAUCAUGGCCGGCACGAAGAAGUGCACGCCACGCUGCCUCAAAUGACGUUCCACGCAGUACCAGGAUAAGCACCCUCCGCCCGAAAUCAGGUGCGGAAUGAUCACCAAUUCGGUAUCGUCAUUGUUGGCAAUGGAAGCAGCGGAUUCGAGCGCUGCCACCGUCGGCGACUUGGCGUGUAUCCAAGCGGGAGGCAUGAACAAGUGACCGACGUGGGACUCGACAACCUCCGUGCGAUAGCCCAGGCGCUGAAAGAGGUUUGCAUACUUGGCUACCCCGCGGGAAGGCGCAUGCAUCCACCCGCACACGAGCACCAACGGCACCCUUCGAGACAUUUUCGUGAUGGGCGUUGACGAAACGGCG